AUGGUGGUCGCCGACAAACGCAGGUACCUCAUAGUCUCCACAGCGGGGCAUUUCUUCAGCGCGUCCGUGCGACAGGACGAGGAGGACGUCGAGGACCGUGAGAUCCUCGACCGGUUCUUGGAGCAGUCGUCAUGCAGGACACUGUGCGCCCGACCGAUCGAUGCGGAUCAAGACCAAGUGCGCUUGAAACUGAGCACGGAGCUGGCACCUGGCAAGAACACGCUGGUCUUCUUCAAGGUGACAGCGGCGGCGGUCACAGAGGAGAACUUUCACGACGUGGUGCAGGUGGCUUCGAUCGGCUGCGGGGACGGCUCGGUGCUGAUCGAGGGUCUCCGACAGGUAUGGGCGCCGACUCUCCGUUCGUCCGGCCUGAGCACGUCAUACUUGAAGAAGCUGGAGGAGAAACUGCUCAACUCUGGAUUCUCGAGCACCGUAGCCGAGGAGGAGGAAUUUUGGCGGCGGAGGCAGGACGAAGUGAAACGGUCGCACGAGAAGACGGUUUGCGAGGAAGCCGCUAAGUCCGUGAAGAACAUCCGGCUCGAACUCGAGAGCGCCGCGGUGUCGAGAGAUGGACUGUUCGCUGUAGAAGAGGCCUGCGAGGCCAUCUCCGUCUUCGUGGACGAUCUGUGGAAGCUAGGAGGACCGGCGUACACCGAGGAACGCAUGAAGUCGCUUCUCGAUGUAGUCGGGAAUGAAGUGGUCGAGCUGGUGCAGAAUUAUCUCGACGCGAUCGACACAACCGAUGCUCGUGCAAAGGACGAGACUAUCGCGCUCGGUGCGACAGUGUGCGACAAAUGGAUAAACGCCACGCAGAAGUUGACGGAGCUCUUCUGGCCGCAUCAUUCGCUUCACCCUUGGCGUGGACCGAUCUUCGUACCCGGAAGAUGCUCGAAGCUUGGCAAAAGACUCAGGCAAAUUUCUGGAUUGCGCGCACAGCAUCGCCAACUGAGCAGACUCCUAACGUCGAGCGAGCGAUCCGGCCUCGGUAUCGAGAAGCUGCUGCAAGCCUUCGAUGACACGAAAGUCGCGCUAGACGAUGAGGAACGUGACGACGAGUGGGGCCGGCUGAGACUGAAGAUCGAGGAAGGCUUGGUGCCGGCCGAGGAACGCGUCGCACAGAAGCUCAAGACUCAGAUCGCCGACGCUGACACCCCGAGUUCCUUGGUAACCGAAUUCGAGAGAUACAGCGAACUGAUGAAGAGGGAAGGUCUUAAAAGGGCCUUACGUGGAGAACGAGAAUCGCUGCUUUCUGCAUAUCGCGAUCUAAUCGAGAGUCGCUCGGCUGGCCCCGAUACGGAAAAUCUCCUGGACGCUCCUAGAGUGUUACAAGAGGUUCAAGCCGCUCGAUCCUCGGAGGUGCGAUUAGAGAGUCUGGCUAAAUUAGGAAAAGAGUUGCUCGCUGAUCUGCCGGGCUACGAAGACGUGGCGGCUCAGUUAUCCAGCGCGUUGAAGGACGUCGAGGAGAAGAAACGAGACUUAGUGGAGUCAUGGGUGAACAACACCAAGAACGAUAUAGCCAGGAAGGAGUUGAGUCUGGGCACUGAUUCGCCGGUGGUUGAACUUACCGGCACCAGCAUGAUGCGAGUGACCUACGAUCCUCGACUGAUGACCAUGAUCAGAGAAGCCAGAGCCCUGUCCGGCGAGGGUGUCGAGCUGCCGAGGGAGAUCAGAGAGCUGGUGGACAGAGCUGCGACUUUGGCCGGACGAGCCAGAGCUCUUCAGCAGAUCGCUACCUUCCACAACACGAUCGGCGAUCGAAUGGUGCCUUCUCAGAGACCGCUCAUGUUGGCGAUAGCCCUCGAAUUAGCGCGAGCCGUUCAGGAACAAUCGGGUGUCGUUUGGUCGGAUCCUCAUCUCGUCGACGUGUACACCACUCGCUUGAAGGAGUUGGUGGUGAAGUUUGCCCGACAAAACUCGGAACUGAUCUCGAAGCACUCCACGUUGCGGGACUACGUGUCGAACCUGUUGAAAGGCGAUGCUGUGCACCUAGUUGGGAAUCAGAGCAUCUGGAAGGAGACGCUGGCGAGCAUGAGGGCGAUCGUCGACGCGGUGGAUUCGGAAUACGGUAACGCGAAGGCUUGGAAGCUGCACUGGGAUCGACAACUUCUUAAGGCGCUGGGUGUAGCGUACAGGAGCGCUUUGCCGUCCAUGUCGAGGAAGCUGUCUGAGAUCCGAGUGGAGCUCACUUUUCGCGACGGGUCCUUGCAAUGGAGGCCGCCGCUCGAGGAUAUUCGCGCGAAGUUAUAUUCCGUUAUUCGCCGAUCGCUCUCCAUCCCGAUAAAUUUCAGAGGCGUCGGCGACAUAAGCGAUGCGCACUUCGGCGAUCUGGUGCAGAAGAACGCGUAUCUCUUCAGCGGCGUGUACAAGCAGAUUGAAAUCGCUCUGUCCACCCUCGAAUUCUUCAGAAUGAAGUGGCUGAAUUUAGCGACGCCCGCCAAUAUCGACGUGGGAGAACGACUGAAAGGCAAACCUCCUCAAGAAUGGGCGAGAGCCUUCAAAGAGGCCAAGCAAUGGGCUCAAGAGGUUGGAAAAUUGCGAGGUAGCGACGUGAAGAUCCUGUGCAUAUGCGUGGACACCGCGACGACGAGGAACGACUUGGAGACGGCGUCUCGUCAUUACUGGGAACGUCUGUGCUCCGAUUUAAGGGCGGAAGCGUCUUCGCGUCUGGUGGCCAUAGUGGAUUUCCUGUCCUUCGCGUCCAAAGAGCUGGAACGUAGACCACGUGAUGUGGAAGAGGUCGGAUUAGCUCACGAAGCUCACGCGCGCAUCGAGCAACAAUCGGCGGGCGUAGCUGAGGAGAUGGAGGCUGUUGCUGUCCUCGCCAAAGUUAUGGCUGCGUGGACCAGCGAGAAGCUAGACGGCGUGAACGCGGCUUACGCCGCUUGGCAGGAUCUGGGUGAUCGUUUAGAAAAGCACAAGGCCGUUAUGGUGCGACUAUUAGAAGACACCAAAGUGAACCUCCGUCACAAGGCGAUAGCGUUGAGAGACGAGAGGGAAAGAUGGCAGACCAAGUGGUCUACGAGGUCGGAAAAUAUGUCGCUCGAUUGGCUCCUAUCAAUGAAGGAACGUUGGGUUAAUCUAAACGAGCAAAUGGAUUCUUUGAAAGCGGAUUGCAAACGAAUAAAUUUGGAUCUCGAAAGCGUCCUGGAGGAUGACGAUAUUAAUCUGUCGCAAUUGGAGCGAGAAUUGGAGGCCGAGGAGUCGAAUCACAGGUUCCAAGCAGAGUUUCUGGAGGAGCUGAAGAAUCAGGAAAUCGAGGAGUGGGCCGUGGCUAGGAGGAGGUUACCGAGACUCCACGAUUGGCUUGACUCGUGGGAGAGCAAGAUCCGCUUGCAAGACAACGCGGAAGCCGACACCUUCGCCGGCAGGAAAAUAAACGAGGUUCGAUCUGCAAUCGAGUCUAUUCAGCUACUUCGGGGAGACGAGAUCGCCGAUGAGCAUUGGACCGAGCUAAUACCCAUCCUCCGUCUGAAAGUCGAGAAUCCACGGGAUAUCACUUUGGGUCAUUUGUUCGGCGCCACAAAGGCAUUAGCGGAAAACGAGGACCGUGUGAAAGAAAUAACGAAACGAGCGAUCGCGGAAUUAGGGAUUCGGCAAGCGUUGGUGGACCUGGAGAUCUGGGAAGGUACCGCAGCGCUUCCGUUGCAAGAGACAACCGACAGCAUGAACAUGACAAUCCAACUCGUCGGAGAUUAUGGCAGCCUCUUAGCGAAAACAGGUGAACUGAGACUCCUGCUGGAAGGAGCGAAAGGUACAUCAGGACACGAUAGGUUCGCGUCCCGAGUCGCACGCUGGGAGGCGGCUUUAACGGAACUCGAGGAGAGGAUCAAGGUGCUCAGCACCGUGCAGAGGAAGUGGGUCUACCUGGACCCGGUCUACGGAAGUGGCGCGGCUCCUAACGAUUCCGGACGAUGGUCCAGAGCUGACAAGGAAUUCAGACAUCUCAUAGGAGACGUAUCGCGGGAUCCUCGAGUGCCAUCCUUGAGGCGACUCCCGCUGCCUGCUUUAAUCAAUUUGAAGGAUCUGCUGGAUAGAUGCCAGAAAAGUCUGGAUGAAUUUUUAGAGGAGAAACGAGCGGCUUAUCCGAGAUUGUACUUCCUCAGCGACGAGGAUCUUUUCGAAUUGGUAUCGGCCAGCGGGAAAGGCUUAGAGACUCAUCUGCCGAAGUUGUAUCACGGCGUGGGUUCGGUAGUGAAGGAGAACAACACGUUGACGGCGAUUGUGUCGCCCGAGGGAGAAAUGUUGAAGUUACCGGAAGUCGUCGACCUCACGGAAUCUUUACCACAAUGGCUGAAUAGCCUCGAGAAAGGCAUGCAGAAGGCUCUCCGGCACAGUUUAGAGAAAUGCCUAAGCAGUUCCACACCUGACCCGUCUGUUUAUCCUACCCAAGUAUUAUUACUCUCGGAGCGAAUACGAUUCACCGAACGCUGCGAGCAAGCUUUGAAAGAGGGUCGUACGGCCUUGCAGAAGCUUGUGGAAUUUUUGGAGUCGCAACGAGCAAGGUACAGAGGAUUGGAAGACGCCGGUGACAAACUAACCGCGCUGAAAGCGCGCGGCCUUCUUCUGGACACCGUUCAUCACCUGCAAGUAGCCAGAACGUUGCUGAAGACCGUGGUAGCUGGCGAGAAUGCCGGUUGGAUGUGGUACAAGCAAUUGAGGAGUUACAAGACCAAUCAAGGUACGUACGUGGUACGAUGCGCCGGUGCGGAGUUACCUUACCGAUUCGAGUACCAAGGAGCAGCGAUCGGUUUGGUGAGGACUCCCUUGACGGAAAGGUGUUUCUUGGCUCUUACGCAAGCUAUGAAACUCGGCCUAGGCGGCAGUCCAACGGGUCCCGCUGGAACCGGGAAGACCGAAAGCGUCAAAGCGUUAGCGUCUGUUUUAGGCAGACUCGUCCUCGUCUUCAACUGUGAUGAGGGAAUGGAUACUGGCAGUAUGAAGCGUAUCUUAGGCGGACUGGCGCAGGCUGGUGCCUGGGGUUGCUUCGACGAAUUCAACCGUCUCGAGGAGGACACCCUGAGCGCGGUAGCUAUGUUGGUGAGGCCUCUUCAAGAGGCGAUACAGAACGGCUCGCCCGACAUCCUACUGGGCGAUCAGAGAAUCAAGCUGGAUCCUCACUGCUGCAUCUUCAUCACGAUGAAUCCAGCCGGGAGCGAGUACGGAGGCCGGCGCAAACUGCCGGAUUCCCUGGCGAGGCUGUUCAGACCGAUUAACAUGGCGCGUCCGGACAAAUCGGACAUCGUCAGGACUCUGCUGGAAUGCGCCGGGUUUUUAGAAGCUGCUACUCUUGGCAAACGGCUUGUAGAGGCCCUCGAGAUCGCCGAAACUAUGCUCUCCGAGCAGCCGCAUUACGAUUGGGGGCUCAGGUCGCUCAAGUCCGUGCUGGACGCGUUGCGCCCGGCCGCCGACGUCGACGAGACUACCAGGCUGCUCAUCUCGAUCAAGGCGUCCACGCUCCCGAAACUGACGGAGACGGACACGAUGAAGUUCAUGUCACUGCUGAGCGAUCUCUUCCCGAACGUUAAUCCUUCAUUAUCCGUCUCCACCGAGAGCGAGGACUUGGUCAACGCUUUGUCGAAGAUCUGCGAGGCUCGAGCCUUGACGAAAGAGAUCGCCAACAGGUGCGUUCAAUUGAACGACCUGUUGAGAAGCAGAACCGGCGUUGCUAUAGUCGGCCCGCCCGGCAGCGGGAAAACGUCGAUCAGGUCGUGCUUAGCCGAGGCGAUGGCGAAAGUCGGAGAACCCGUGCAGCAGAUUAUCGUUUAUCCAGGUGCGGUACCGAAGAGCACGUUAUUGGGUCACGUGAAUCCGCGGACGAGAGAAUGGAAGGAAGGUGUUUUGUCGAGCACGAUAACGUCGGCUGGAGACACCACGACCUGGAUCGUUUUCAACGGAGACGUUGAACCUGAAUGGGCGGAGGCUUUGAACUCUGCUCUGGAUGAUAAUCGAUUACUGACGUUGCCAAACGGAAUAGGAGUUCGACUUGGUAGCGGCACAAGGUUUAUUUUCGAGACUCACAAGCUAGCCGGUGCCAGCCCGGCUACUGUCUCGCGGUUGGGCGUUCUGCAUCUUGGAUCAACGAGAGCGACGUUCUUGUUGACGCCACGGCGAAUAGAACUACUCUCUUCGACGGCUGCGGAAGUUGCGAGCGCCCAUUUAUGCUCAUGCAUCGAUGAAACUCUCAAGAUCAAUGUCGAUGAGUCGUCUGCGUCUGGUCUGAUGGAUGCCGCGUUGUGUCAUCUGAGUAAGGCUCAGACGUUCACGCAAACCACCCAGGCUCUUCUGCUCUCAUUAUGCGGCCAAGUGAAAGAUCAAGAAUCCAGGAACAAUCUGGCGAAGUCCAUCUAUGGAUCGACCGAUAGUUGGUGUCCUGACCCACAAAAACCCAGCGCCGUCUUGUACGAUCAUGAAACUGACCGACUGGAGCCCUUCAACGAUAAGUAUGAAUCUAUCGACAGUGAUUACGGACCUGUCUCGAUUUCAGAUCUCAUCAGAAGAGCUUUGGCAGCCACUUUGCCAUGGAUAGAAGAGGGUCACCCGAUCAUGAUUCGUGGGCCCGAAGGCAGCGGAAAGAACACUUUAAUCAACGCUGCGUUGUGGACAAUUAAAAAUCACGAUAGCAUGACUGUGGUGAGAGCAUCAUCGCUUUACGGAUCUGACGAUCUUGUGGCGCGUGUGAAAAAGGCUUGUUUGCGCCUGGAGUCCUCCUCACAGGGUAGAACGUACAAACCAAAAAUUGGGAUUCGAGUGCUUCUCAUCUUGGAAGACAUGCAUCUCGCCGCUAAAGAUUUACAGGAAUUAGUGAGAGAGUUGCUUCAAGAGGAAGGAUUCCUCGAGGAGGAUCUUGAAUUCUCCAAAAUUUCUUUAACGAUCCUGUGCACCGCCGAUGUGAGCACUCGAUUACAUCCUAGACUUGAGGCUUUAUUCGCAACUUAUUAUCUAGAGUAUCCGAGUCAAAAGGAUAUCGCAGCGAUCCUCGAGCUUCAUUUAAGAAACUCCUUGAAGCAAGUUGACUCCAUCAUGGCGGAAUCUUGGAUCGCUCGAAUGAUGCCCAGUAUCUUGGAUGCUUUCCGAUUUGCCUGUUCCUCUCAGGAAUCUUCUAUUGCUUGGACGCUCAAGGAUAUCGUCUCCUGGGCUACGCGCUUGAAGUAUUAUCCUACCCCUGAAAACGAAGCGGACAUCACUCGUCAUUUAUUAGAUAUCGGGCAUCGGUUAUUCCGUGCAGGAUUAGCGCCCAAAACGCAGACACGGUGGGAGUCUCUGUUAUUGUCAAAGGAGUCCGAUGUGAAAGAUUUCGCCAACGAUUUAUUCGUGUGGAAGAACGCAAACGUCGGUCUGUAUCCUCUAAGUGAAGAACAAUGGCGGGAAGAAACAAUCAAUGUAGCAGCCAGAUGCGCCAGAGAAGGCCAACCGGUGGAGGCGCCGAUCUCGUCUUACCUCUUGGAAACUGUAGCUGGACUGAGCUGGGCUGUGGGCUGCAAUUUCCGCGGUAUGAUUCUCAUUGGACGACCUGGAGCGGGUCGGAGAUCGGCUGUUAAACUGGCUGCGACCUUCUCUUCCCUUCGACUGAUCGACUCGGGACCUGAACGCGGUAGAGUGGCGAUAAAAAGUGCCGUGCAAGCCGCAGGUAUCGAGAGCCAACCGACGUUGCUUCUGCUGGAGGAACACCACGCCAGGGAAGAGAGCUUAGCCGUGCUGGUGAGCGCUAUCGUAUCCAAGGGGGAAGUUCCGGGUCUCUUCACGGCGGAUGAACUCGACACGCUAGUCGCACCGUUGGCCGAUUUCGCCCGCCGAGAAGAUUUCCAAGGAACGCUGGAACAUUACUUGUAUCAUCGGCUGCGCAAGUAUCUCCAGGUAGCGGUGAUCUUGGACUCGGAAGAGAUCGAGUCGUCGCGGCUGUUACACUUGGAUCUCCUUCGACAUUGCGCGUUGCUCGGCUCCGGGCCUGGUCCUGGCGAGUGGUGGUCUUGGGAGAGCUCGUUGAUCAAAUUGGCGGUCCAAGAAGGAACUCUGCAGCUGGACGAGCUCGAAGAGCUGUCGGCUGGCGCGAAAGUGAUGAUCGGGUCUCAUCUGCAGGCACCUCGCCGUCAACGGGCGCCGGCGAGAUUCUUGGCUCUGGUGCACACGUGGAAACAGCUGCGCGAUACGUGGAGCAAAGAAGUCGAAGGGAAGCUGCAGACUCUCGAAGCGGGUAUCGGGAAGCUGAGAGAAGCCGGCGAACAGGUGGCUAAACUGGAAGACGAAGUGUCGAGGCAGCGUCAGGAGCUCGAGGUGGAGAAGGGACGAGCCAAUGCUGCUCUCGAGCAAAUCACUGCGACGAUGAGAGGAGCGACCACCCAGAGAGGUGAGAUGACGAACUUGAAGGCCAGCACGGAACGAGAGAGCGUCGAGCUCGCGCGACGUAAGGUGGAUAUAGAAAGCGAAUUAGGGAAAGUUAAGCCCCUGGUGGAACAAGCUGCUCAAGCAGUGGCUGGCAUAAGUGCCGACGCGCUGGCUGAGGUUCGCUCGUUGAGAGCACCUCCGGCGCCAGUGAGAGACGUGCUCGAGGGCGUUCUUCGGCUAAUGGGCAUAAAGGACACAUCUUGGAACAGCAUGAAGACUUUCCUCGCGAAACGAGGCGUUAAAGACGAGAUCAGAAAUUGGGACGCGAGGCGCAGCACGCCCACCAGCUUGGAAGCGGUCGCCAAGCUGGUGAAGGAACGUCCGGAGAGUUUCGAGGAGAAAACGGCGAAGAGAGCGUCGGUAGCGGCCGCUCCUCUGGCGGAUUGGGUGCUCGCUAAUCUCCAGUACGGUCAGAUAUUGCAGCAAGUCGCCCCUCUGGAACGGGAACAACGACAAUUAGCUGAGGGAUUGGCGGCGGCCGAGGCACAAUUGGACAAGCUGGCCGCUGGAUUAAACACGGUGGAGAGCCGCGUGGCGCAGCUGCAGCAAGAACUUGCCGAGCGCACGAGGGGUGCAGCCGAGCUGCAGCUGCGAACCGAAUCCACCGAGGCCAGUCUAUCAACGGCACGAGCUCUUUUGAAGAAGCUCGAUACCGAGCAUCGCGAUUGGCAAACUCAAUUCCAGGAGCUGACAGUCAGGAAAGAAAAACUGGACGUUGAGGCGGCUAAUGCGGCGGCUCUGCUCGUGUAUCAGGAUCCCGGAAAGGACGAUAGUUGGAAGAAAUCGGCCGUGAAAUUGCUAGUUACUGAACGCGAGGGAUUACUAUGGAGGGCGCAAGGAUUACCGGCGGACACGAGCAGCUUGGUCGCGGCCUCUCGCGUCUUAAAAGGUCCCCUGGUGCCUAUUCUCCUCGAUCCUUCGGGCGUAGCUGUGUCCUGGAUUAAACGCAGUAUUGGCUCCAGACUCGAGGUCACACAACCUGAAAGCCCCAAGUUCCUCACGGCUCUGGAACUAGCGGUGCGUUUCGGGAAACCCCUCCUGGUCGAGGAACUGGUCGAUUUCCCGUCGACAUUGCUACCCCUUCUUCGCCGGAGACCGCUCAGACUCGGCGAUCGCGUUUUGCCGGCUCAGCAAGGCUUCGAGCUCUUCUUAGCCACCAGGAAGGAUAGAUUGGAAGAUAUUCCGAAGGAAGCCGACGCUGUAUUAUGCGAGAUCACGCUCGGCACUGGCACGAAGAGCUUGGCGGAGAGAUUCGUGGAAAAGCUUUUGCUGAACGAGACUCCGGAGCUCGAAGCGCAAAGGAGAGAAGCUCUGGAAAGGGAAGAGAAAUUGUCCGGAGAACGAGACGCGGCCAGGUUAGAUCUACUGAGUCAAUUAGCUACGGCCAGAGGCCAGGAUCUCUUGCAAGAGUCUCAGGGACAAAGACAAGGUGGACUCCUGUCUUCGUUGGAGGCGACGCAGUCCAAGGCGAAGGAGAUAGCCCUCGCGCUCGAGGGAAGCAGACAAAGCUUGAGCGAAGUUACGAAACGAGCCAAAGAUCACGAGAAGUUCGCGCAGUUCGCAGCUAACAUUUACGAGACUGUCAGCGGGCUAACUCUUCUCAGCUCCUUAUACGUCGUCUCUACAGAAGCCUACACGGACAUCUGCUUGAAAGCCGUACAGGGUGACUACACUGUGGCAGGUGAAGACAGGCGGAAGAAGGAAUCGCAGAGAGUGAUCGAAAAACGAUUGAUAACUCUGACGUUCCAUCAUUGUGCCAAGGCGAUCUACAGGAAGCACAGGCUUCCUUUGGCUCUGCACAUGGCAUUAUCCUUGAAUCCGGUUUCGGACGCCGAGAGGAAUCUCCUGUUCGACAACGGUGCGAUCAGCAACGGCGAUAACUCGGACUUCGAAUUGCCCGAUUGGGUGCCGGACGAGCGACGUGGGGCUGCGCAAGCCUUAAGUUCUUCUCUACCUGAUGUUGCCGUUAGAAUGAAAUCUUCCUGGCUGAAGGAUAUUUCCAACAUUUACGCGGACAAUGGACUCAGCGCCUUCCAGAAAGUCUUGGUCGUGCAGGCUCUGCGACCCGACUACUUGCACACCGCUCUCUCGAAACUGGCUGCGAAUCAAUUAGGUGUGAAGGAUCUGGCGCCGCCCUUGUGGACACUGGGUAGCAUAGCCCAAGAGAAAGAAGGCUCGUAUCCUGUGCUGUUGCUGUUAUCACCCGGCGCCGAUCCCGGUCCCGAAUUGAGUGCGCUCGCUGCGAAGCACGCUUCGUCGUCCUCCGGAUUCACCGAGAUCUCCCUGGGCCAAGGACACAUCAGUCAGGCCGAAUCAGCGCUGGAGGCAGCGUGCAGAAACGGCAGCUGGAUACUGUUGAGCAACCUGCAGCUCGCUCUGAAUUGGUUGCCGCGAUUGGAAAGCCUGCUUCGUUCGCCGAUGUGCACCACGAGCAAGAAUCCUUCCACGAGGAUUUGGCUGACCACCGAGGAGUGCUCGGGAUUCUAUCCGGGCUUAGCGGCGCUCUGCCUGAAACUGGCGUAUGAACCUCCCGAGGGUGUGAAGAGGAACAUGAGGAAGUCGCUCCAGCAACUUCGACAGACGCAACCCAACGACGACGGCGCGGUCGCUGUAAUAGUCCUCUCUUGGCUGCACGCGACACUGCAAGAACGACGGAAUUUCGUUCCCCAGGGCUGGAUCAGAUCGUACGAGUGGAACGAUUCGGAUCUUGAGGCAGCCUACGAGCUGGUGAUCAAGGAAAUGACGAGGGAGAAGCGAUCACAGCAAGAUCAAUCAGGUGACUGGCAAGUCGGCAGAGGUUUACUCGACGUCGCAGUUUACGGCGGUCGUCUUCAGGAUGACUACGACGUGAGAGCUUUACGCUCGAUGAUACGCGACGUAUGGUCGAAGGAUAUCUUCGAGGGUCGCCGGAAGCUGGGAGGCGUGUUGAAGAUCACCGACGUGACGCUCGUCGAUCCGAUUAAAUCGCUGGAGAACCUGGACGAUACCGACUCACCGAAGGAGUACUUCGGUCUCCCGGCUAACGCUCACAGAGCAUGGGAAAGGGCUGCCGCGGAGAAAGUCCUGACGUAUCUCAAAGGCAUCUUGAUGAAACAUCUCAGCAGCAACGAGGGGAGCAGCGACAAGAUGGAAAAAUCGAGAGCUCAGCAGGACCUGAAGGAAAUCAUCGAUCGGCAAUGUUCGUCGACGUUCACGUAUGACACGGGUACGGUGCGCGACAACAAGAGAGAUCCAUUGCAGGACUUUUUCGUCGACGAGAUUGAUCAUAUGAAAAAGUUAUUGAAUGUUAUACGAAUGGACAUGGACGCGUUAUCUUUCGAAGAUACCGAGACUCCUAAGCACUGGCUUACGGAGUGGCGGGCGGGGCCGAGGAAUGCCGUUCAAUUCGUGAAGGCACUUUUGUCGAAGUACGAGGCGCUGAAAUCCUCACCGAUGAGUAUACCACGUCGGGUCGAUCUGUCUCAAUUGUCCCGGCCGCGUGCUCUUCUAACUGCACUGAAACAAUACACCGCGCGAGAACUCGGUCAUCCGCUGGAAAUACUCCAGCUCCGCGCAAAUUGGACCGAGAAUCGCGCGAACAGGGACUGGAAGGUGUCGCUUUCGCUCGAAGGUUUACUUAUAUCAGGAGCAUCCAUCCAGGAAGGUGUGCUGAGGGACUUGGACGCAAAUUCGCCGGCAGUCGCGGUCGCUCCGACGUGUCAAGUGGCGUUUAUGCUCGACGAAUAUUCGAAAACUAAGUCCGGCGAUGAUAAUCUCAACGCUCUCGAGGACACGCAUCGGAAAGAUCAUCUGAAUAUACCCGUUUACGCAAGCGUUCAACGGGAAGCCCUAAUCUGCUCGUUACCGAUAGCGUGCCCGAGAGAAGAGCACGACGCGUGGUUACGUCGUGGCGUCAUUCUGUAUCUGAGAUCUUAGCACAAUCAUCUCCAAUCUCGGAGCCAACGAUGAAGAUACAGGAUGAAUCGCGACCGGGCACUUAUGAAACGUUAAAGUAGAUCACUUAUUAAGAUUUCGGAUGAAAAGCGUUGUAGAGGAGAACGUCGAAGUGUGAAUAGUUCUGGGAUUACAGAUGAUAAAAAUCGAUGAAAUUUUUAUCAGAUUUAUAUCAGAUUUAAUUAAUGAGAUAUAUAACGUUGAAUUUGAAAAAUAUAGCCUCUCGACGUUCGUCUGUAAGGAUUUUCUUUUAAACAUUUUUUAAAUUUAAAUAACCGUAUCGCUCGGGCAAUAAUUACGAAUCACUUCGUGUAAAGAGUGAAUAACUCGAAACGAAAUUAUUACAGCAUAUUAUUUACAUAUAUUAUGAGACAUUCUUCGUGAGAAACGUAAGUUCCUAAUCUGUAUAAAAUUUGAAAUUAUUUAUUGUAGUAAUUUAUUUAUUUAUUUAUUAUUCUUUUCUUUAUUAUUUCUCAAUAUAUCUUUUAGUUAGUUUCUUUAGUUGGACAACAGAUGAGGGAGAAAAGUACAUACCACAUGUCAAUGGAUCAAAAGCGUGAAUUGAACAAUUUUAAUACGUUCAUUAUUAUUAAAAAUACAUAGAGAGAUAUGUCGGGAAUCUGUUGAAAGAUAAUCUUAUACAAGGUAUUCCGUCGCUAUCGCGCCGAAUCUUAUUUGCGAAUUCUCUUUAGUUCCGCUUUGGUGCAUUACACGGGAUGUUACAAGAACAGUUCAAUUUGGUGGUUUUGUUUUAAUAGAUCUAAAAUUACAGAUAAUACAGCAUAGUAUCAGUUGUUUUAAUAAAAUAAAAUGGUCAUUGGUUGGUCCGCCUAAGCCUAUUCUUCGACUUAGAGAUUCUCAAUGUUUAAGCGAUGUUUUGCAUGUUGCACAAAACUCGCGGG